AUGAAGUUGCAAACGGCUCUUUCUUUGGCGGCCCUUGGCUACGUGACAACCGGCUGCCUCCUCCCAGAGGAGCUGGAAGGCGGGAAAGUCAGUCUUCGCCGGCGUCAGUCUGCGAGAACCAAAAAGUAUGCGCCCAUAGGAAAGGGGGAUCGCUUUGAAGGCGGCAACAAGGUGCCAUAUGGUAUUGGCUCCGACCCUGACAACUUUAAAGACGUAUCCAAGUUGUCCAUUCUCAGUGUCUCCGAGAUCGAGUCAGCGCUCAAGGGUCUGGAGCAGGAAUAUCCCGAGAAAAUCAAUCUCAGCAAAGCAGACGACAAGACGUUUGAGGGCCGCGAUAUUUAUUACGGAGUAGUCGGCUCCAACGAACCCCGUGUGUUUCUUACCAGCGGUGUGCAUGCUCGCGAGCGUGGGGGGCCAGACAAUAUUAUAUACUUGAUUUCGGAUCUGCUUUGGGCGGAUAAGCAAAACGCCAACCUCACCUAUGACGGCAAAACGUAUGAUGCUUUGCAAGUCCGCCAAGCGCUCGAAGUAGGCAUCGCCAUUAUUCCCGCCGUCAACCCAGAUGGGAUCAACUACGAUCAGACCUACGACGCCUGCUGGCGCAAGAACCGCAGACCUUUUGGAGACGAAUUUGGCGUCGACAUCAACCGCAACUUCAGAGUUUUCUGGGACUACAAGCGAAUAUUUCACCCCCAGGCCAGAGUCAGUAUGAGCAACACGCCAUCAGACCACACUUAUGUUGGGCCAAGUCCUCUCUCGGAGCCCGAGACACGGAGCAUCACAAACGUAUUCAAACGUGUCACCUCCCUAUCAUGGUAUCUGGACUUGCAUUCCGCUCUGGGCAAGGUUCUAUAUUCAUGGGGCGACGAUUAUGCCCAGUUCAACGACCCUUCCAUGAGCUUUCGCAAUCAACGAUACGACCGCCAACGAGGCCUCUUCCACGAUGGAUACAAUGAGUACAUGGAGCAGGAUGAUUUUGACGCCCAGAAAUCUGCCGCGGAGCGCAUGGCCACUGCCAUGAACAGCGUCGCCGGCAACAGCGCUCGCUACAAGGCUGACCAGACCAUCAACUUGUACCCGGCUCUGGGCAGCACCGAUGAGGCCAUGGCGGGAUAUUAUAACCAGACCUGCGGGGCGAGUCGAAUCCAUGCCUUGACCUUUGAGUUUGGGCAACGAUCACGCAGCUGGGACUGCAACGACAUAUUCUACCCCGAUGCGAGGCAGUACAGGGACAACAUUGUCCACACCAAUGUCGGUUUAAUGGAGCUUCUGCUGACUGCGGCAGGAAAGGAUGGUGAGAGCAAGACGUAUAAAUGUGACAAUGGGCAAGGCACGCCGGAAGAGCCCAAGCCCGAGCAGCAACGCCCGAACAAUCCACAGGCACAAUUGUCACCCGAGCAGCGGGAGUGCCUCGCGAAAAGUCUGCCCGAGUACAACGCUUGCAGAGAUCAGGCGUGCAGAGACAGCAUCGCCCAGAAGAUUAGGGACUGCGCAGAAGAGGCAACCAACGCAAAGAGCCAGCCCAAGCCCGAGUCGCCCAAGCCCAACGAACAAACCCCGAAGAGUCCAGCGGCACAAUUGACACGUGAGCAGCAGGAGUGUCUCGCGAAAAGUCUGCCCGAGUACAACGCCUGUGAACCUAGAGAUCAGGCGUGCAGAGAUAAUAUCGCCCAGAGGAUUAGAGAUUGCGCAGAUCAGGCAAUGAAAGCAAAAUCGGCAGGCCAGGGGCAGGAGUGUCCUCCGGGUUCGUCUUACAGUGCGUUUUUCGGCGGCUGUGCUAGUUGA